AUGGCAACCGUCGUCCUCACUCAUUCCCAGACUGCGCCUCUGGGCGUAGAUGACUCACGCCAAGUAUCUUCGCUAUGGUCUUCGGAAAACUUGCAACCAGAGCCGCGACCUCGCAGCCUUCUAUCUGAGGGUCAAACUCCCAGCGAUGGUACUCACGACUCGCAGUAUGUGGAGCUGUCCCGCACGAGGGCUAUCAUCCUCAUUGCCACCCUCACGGGUAUCACAUUCGUCGGGAGUAUGAGCGGGGGCCUUCUGACUGUUGGUCUGCCAUGGAUUGCGGCUGAUUUGGAUCUCCCGGACAAUCUCCUACUAUGGUAUGUCCUACUCAGAUUUCUAAAAGGAGGAGAGGUUCUCGCAUCUCUACUCCUAACCCCCAGUGCCAUACUGAACUCGAAUUACAGCCUUGCAAAUGGAUGCUGCCUCCUCUUGUCGGGCUCUCUUGCCGACUUCAUCGGAAAUAGGGUCAUUAACUUGAUCGGCUGUUUCGCCAUGGGAAUCUUCAUUCUGGCCUGCAGUGUAGCCCAGACCGGUAUCCAAAUGAUCUUGUUUCGCACAUUCCAGGGUGUCGCCACCUCCAUGUGCCUCCCCACAGCAUUCAGUAUCUUGACUGAUACCAUGCCCAUCGGGAAGCGACGGAACAUCGGCUUUGCAUGCCUGGGGCUGGGCCAGCCCUUUGGGUUCUCCGUUGGCCUUGUGCUCGGAGGACUAUUCCAGUCAUCUUCACUUGGCUGGAGAUUCGGAUAUUAUCUCUGUGCGGGUGCCUCUUUCCUCUUGAUGGCCGUCAAUUACUUCAAGCUCCCAAAGGACAGGCCCCGUGAGCCCAUCACGUUGCGCCGACUUCAAACGGAGAUCGACUGGGUUGGCAUCAUUCUCUCCAGCGCCUGUCUGGGCAUCAUAUCCUAUGUUUUCUCCGCAAUCACCGAUAGCCCGUCCAAUAUCCGCCGUCCUGAAAACAUUGCACUUCUCUCCGUGUCAGGUGCCAUGAUCCCUGCGUUCUGGUACUGGAUGAGAUGGAGAGAGAACUCUGGAAAAUCGGCACUUAUUCCGAACUCCCUCUGGAACAACACUGCGUUCGCUUCUAUUUGCGUCAUGGUGUUAUUCUCAUGGGCAGUAUUGAACGGCAUGGAAACGAUUCUCAGUCUUUUCUUCCAAGAAGUGCAGGAUCUUUCUCCUAUCCAAGCGGCAAUUCGAUUUCUUCCGAACAUUGUCAUCGGUAUCAUUUUGAAUCUUGCGACUGGGCUGUUGGUCCAUCGACUGCAUGCCAACUGGCUCGUUCUCAUCACGACUGUCCUGAGCUCCGGAUCGCCAUUGCUGAUGGCCGUGAUCGAUCCCAAAUGGUCCUGGUGGUAUUGCGCUUUCUGGGCAGUUCUCCUUGGGCCCUUAUCGGCAGAUGUGAUCUUCACGGUCGCGAAUCUCAUCAUCGCGGACUCAUUCAGCCCGAAAACGCAGGGCCUCGCAGGCGCAGUAUUCAACACUAUCGCACAGUUCGGCACAUCCAUCGGGCUAACACUUUUCGCCAUCAUUUCGGCCAGUGUCACGCAAGGCUCAUCGUACGGUGACAAAAACUCUCCGGAUGCCCUUAUGGUCGGAUACCGGGCGGUCUUUUGGACUUGUUUCGGCCUGAUGGUUGCUGCUUCUGGGAUUGGCGCUUGGGGACUGCGCAAGGCUGGUAAGGUCGGUUUGAAGAGAGAGUAG